AUGAAGGAAGGAGGCGAGAAGAAGAACAUCCUCUCCAAGACGCUCCAGAGGUGCCGGACCUCGCUGCUGGCCCAACGGAGGCGGCCCGAAAGGGCGUCGUCGUCGCCGUCCCUGGGUGUGCCGGUGCCGGCCGCCGGGUACUUCACCGUUCUGGUGGGCCCGGAGAAGGAGCGGUUCGGGGUGCGCGCCCGCUGCGCCAACCACCCGCUCUUCCGAGCGCUGCUGGACGCGGCCGAGGCCGAGUACGGCUUCGCCGGCUGCGACGGCCCGCUCGAGCUGCCCUGCGCCAUCGACGACUUCAUGGAGGUCAUGUGGGAGAUGGAGCAGGCCGACCCCAGCGCGUCGCCUGGCUGUGGACGCUUCGCCGCCGGCAGCAUUAGAGGACACCACCACCUUCACCAGGCAGGCUACCAGAUGGUGAGCCCGGCGAGGUUCCUCGUCGCCGGCCGGUCGUGA